CAUGAUGCUCGAGGAGUUGUUUCCAUGGCAAAUAGUGGACCAAAUACUAAUGGAUCUCAGUUUUUCAUUACCUAUGCUGCUCAUCCAAGUUUGGAUUUGAAAUAUGCUGUAUUUGGAAGAGUUAUCGAUGGAUUCGAAGUCGUGGAUGAAAUUGAAAAGGUAGCCGUAGAUUCAAAAUACCGGCCAUUGCGAGAAAUCAGGAUCAGAAACAUUACAAUCCACGCAAAUCCAAUUGCCGAAAAUGAACAGUGA